GGAACCAUAUAAUAGUAGAAUGAAAAGUACGUCGGAAGCGUUUUUGUGAAGCUCUCUCUUUCAUGGACGUUAGCUGACAAUCAAAAUACUGGAGUAAGUGUAUUAACUUUUACCUUUCUUUUGAAUUGAAUCUUUGAUUUGUAUUUCCAUAAAGUCUCUUGUCAGUAGGUUAUUGAUUUUGGAGGUAUAUCUUAUUAGUAAUGAAGUUAAGAUAACAAGCUAGUAUGAUGAUUGAAGUGAUGCUGAACCAGCCAGCUUGUCACAAAACAGCCGGAGGCGCAGUUAGCUAGCUAGAUAAAUAAGAUUGUGGAACGCUUAAUCUGCAUUGUUGUUUUCGACUCCAUUAACACGUUUGGCUGUUUUGUCAGCUACCUGCUUCUUAUUUUAUAUAACGUUGAAUUUUGCAAUAGCUAGUUAGGAAGGCUAGAAAAGUUAAUAACUAGCUAGCUAGCUAUCAAGCCUGUACAGCGGAGAAUCUUUACAGUAGGAAUUGUGUUCUUUACUUGUAAUAGCUAACUAUAUAUCUCCUACCUAGGUACUUUUACAACUCGCUAAUAAAGACAUUGGAUUGCUAGCUAAUAUCUGAGGGCCGAAUGUACACAACUAUCUACAGUUCUGCAACGGUCGAUAUGCAAUGUACCCUGUACUUGCAUGUACUAUCAUAUGUUUAUUUACUUCUCUGGGUUUGGUUUGACUGUAUUUACAGUUGAUGUUGGCCAAUUUGUCAGCCAUGAUGACCCAUGGGUUUAAGAGCAGUAAGCAAGACUUCAUAUUCGGACCAUGGAAAGUGACUGCAGCAAAAACCCACAUUAUGAAAUCUAAGGACAUUGAACGGUAAACUAUUCCAAGUAUUUUGCUGAUUUUGUGUCAGAAUAAACUUUUUCUUAAAUGUUGUCUGUUUAGUAUUCUUAAGGUUUAGUCUACAUUGGGGAGCUUGUUUAUCAACUUGGUCUUACUUUAAAUAGUUGCACACCAACAUUAAUCAUUCAAAUAUUAUCAACUCCUGAGUGGCGCAGUGGUCUAAGGCACUGCAUCGCAGUGCUAACUGUGCCACUAGAGAUCCUGGUUCGAAUCCAGGCUCUGUCGCAGCCGGCCGCGACCGGGAGACUCAUGGGCGGAGGGAAUGGCCGGCAGGGAUGUAGCGUUGAUAGAGCAUGGUGUUUGCAAUGCCAGGGUUGUGGGUUCGAUUCCCACGGGGGGCCAGUAUAAAAAAAUAUGUAUUCACUAACUGUAAGUCGCUCUGGAUAAGAGCGUCUGCUAAAUGACUAAAAUGUAAAUGUAAAAUGUAACUUACUUAGCUAGCUGCAUUGAGGUUAGUUGUUCAGGUUUCAAUCUUGACAGUUUUGUCUCAGGUUAGGGGAGGAGAUGCACAUGCCCUCGCUCCCAGAGAUGCUGUUUGGGGACAACGUUCUACGCAUUCAGCACACAGACGGCUAUGGCAUCGAGUUUAACGCCAUCGAUGCCCUCAAGAGGGUCAACAACAUGCAGGACUCUGUGAAAGUGGCCUGUGCACAGGAAUGGCAAGAGAGCAGGUACAACCACUAUCAUAAUACCACUGUGAUAAAACUAUCCACCUUCAUUGUCUAUAUGCUGGUGAAGUAGAUUUUUAAAAAAAAAACUAUGGCAUUUUAAAUUGUUUGGAUAAAAAGUGUUGAAUAAUCAGUCAAUUACCAGACCCAUUAUGGAGACUGAAUCUGACUGUUGUCAUGUGGUUGUAUUCCCAGGGCCGAUUCUGAACACUCCAAAGAGGCGGUGAAACACUACGACUGGACAUAUACCACAGACUACAGAGGCACUUUGUUAGGAGAGGACCUGCAGAUGAGGGUGAAAGGCCUUUCAGUUCAUACUGUGGAUACAAAACAAUAUCCCAAACAAACACAUGACAAAAUAAGGGGCAAAUCUUAACUUCAAUUUAAGUCAAAAUUUAGCUUAGUCUCACAUUGAUAUUGAUGCAUGACUAAGUGUAAAUUCGACGUAAGUGGAAGAUAGGGUUCGCCCCCAAGUCAUUGGCUGCGUUUCAGGCCGACUACAUUGCAGACGCCUGCCAGAUCUCACAAUGCCUGGCUAGGUGAUUAACAUAUCAACUAACCACACCAUAUGAUAUGUCAGUCUGACGUCUGACUGCACCGUCAAUGAUGUGGAACACAACCAUCAGGUGAUGCAAUACAACAACUGCAAUGUAGUCAGCCUGGAACAUAAUUGUUCUUUCGCAUAGGCUUAAUAUUCAGAAACAUGUUAUCUCAAGCUGUCAAUUGCCUUAUUCAUUAGGAACCAAAUGGAGGCAAACAGGCCGAGGGACCUACCUACCUGAAUGUGUCCAAUAAGAAACGUGUUUUUCAGUUGCAAAACGUUUUCUUUUUUGCUACGGUGUGCACUAAUGAAUACACCCCUGCUAUUCCAUUAGGCGACAGAAACGUCGGAGCGCAUCGACAUGGAGAAGCUUAAGGCGCGAGAGCAGAUCAUGUUCUUCGAUGACGUGCUGCUGUUUGAAGACGAGCUUCACGACCACGGCGUGUCCAUGAUCAGCGUCAAAAUAGUGAGUGCCACUUUCAGACAGGAACUGACACUUUAUGAUGAUGCACAUUCGCCCCAUAUGAUUUCUGUGGCCGUGUGACAAGCACCAAAGGACAUGCCCUUGCGGGGGCUGUAAGACCAGGAAUAAAAAAGGCAAUUUUUUUAUUCCCCUAUUGUACUUAUGUUUAAUGAAUUUUCUUAAACGCUUGCAUCUUUGAGAGGCAGAUUCAUUUGUUCUGAGGAGGUUUUGAAGAAUGACACCCUCUUGUUAACCACUUGUGUAUGAUACAGAGAGUGAUGCCUACCAGUUUCUUCCUGCUUCUGCGGUUCUUCCUGCGAGUGGAUGGAGUUCUGAUCCGGAUAAAUGACACACGGCUCUAUCACGAGGCAAGUGUGACUGGGCUUUCCUGGGAAAUGGCAAUCGAUUAACGGUAACCACCAGAAUGGAUGUGCAUUGGAAUCAAAUUCUGUGGAUAACUUUAGAAGGAAAUGGACAUCACUCACUUAACUUCAACUACAAAAUGGCUAUGCCUACUUAUGAAAUGAGUCAUUGUUUACCCUGGUUUUCUUUACAGACUGGAAAGAAUUACAUGAUCAGAGAGUUUAGCACUCGGGAAAGCAAAAUUUCAGAAUUGAAGGUGAGAAUUUUCUUCUGUUUGCAAAGUACAUGUAUAGCAGAAGUCUGCUGGCAAGUCAGAGCAAGUUCACCAUCGUGCAGUGACAUCACUAAAAUAUUGUCCAAAACAUUAAUGCUACAUGCAUAGAUGCCACUGUCCAGCUGAUGCAAUCAUACCACUUGUAAAUGGAGAACAAUUAAUCAAUGGCAAUAUCUAGAAAAUCUGACUUUUGAUAGACAACGACAUUUAGUUUGUUUCCCUCUCUUUGUCUUCCAGAACGUCCCUGCUGCUCUGUAUACUGACCCCAAUGAGAUCGCCCAGCACUUAACCCUGAAGCUGACUGAGUGCGAGAAGUUGGAGCUCCCUGAGACAGCCCCCCAGCCAGGGGACAAGGAGGCCCCCCAGUGAUGGAGAGCAGGCUGGGCCCUGUGACUGGACAUCAAAUUCUCUCCUGUCUGGACUUAAGACGAGGGUCAGCCAACCAAGGCAGAGUUCACCCUCCUUCCUCUCCACAAAAAAUAUUUAGUUUUUGUUUUUUAAAACCGAAACACUGCACCUGCCUCCCUCCAUACACAGAAAACAACAGUUCAUGGAACUUCAUUUUGGCAUUGUCAAGUGGCCUCUUAUUUUUAGUGUUAUUUCACAUUUCCUCUAUGUAAAUGUUUUGGUUGGAAAAUUGUGAUAAUUGCGUAUUUUCUAUUAGAACACCACAUAAUGGGUGUGUUGAAUUCCACGUAAUGUAGUCUGAUAUUUGAAUGUUGUACUAUGUUAAAUACACCCAGAUUUGGUUUGGCUAUCACAGAGAUAGCUAGUAUAGAGCUCCAUUCCUCAUGUUAUCAAAAGGUUGAAAGAGCCAAUGUGUAAAUAAAUUAACUUUUUGUAUUUGUUUAAUCUUUUACUGGACAUUGGAUCUUGAUUAGAGGAGAGCUCACUGCUGAAGUCAAGGAGCCCCUCUAGUGCACUUUUAGUGCAUCUCACUUUGUGAGGACAUCUCGCUACCUUUCCCCUUUUUCAAACUAAGAUUUUGAUCUAGCUGUUGAAAUAGAAAGGUCUCCUUACAGAACCUGCUCAGCUCUGCUUGUUUUAUUGUAUUUAAGAUAAAUGUCAACUAAUAAAAGUAUUCAGCCUUAACAUGCCAACAUUA